AUGAGUGCACGCUGAGGGCACUCCAAUUUUCCCAAACCAAUCAACCGCUCUUCCCCUGCUUUCGAGGUGCGUGUUUCUCAUUCAUGAUGAGAUGGUCAUGUCUUGCUUGUUGCCGCAGAUCCAACAGCAUGCAUGAGAUUCCCACGGUAGACGGCAUUCCCGUCGUCAAUCUCGGGCCCUCGGAGCAACCGAGGGUAUCGGACAUCGACAAAAGGCACCUUGAGACUGCCGAGGAUGCCGUUGGCCGCCCCGCUCCGUCCCGGUGGCGGCUCCGCCUAUCGGCCGCCUGGUGGAGGUCGUUGCAGUACACGGGCAUGGCUCUUCACUUCCUCGCUCACAAACGACCCCCUAAUCCCACUUUCACCAAGUCAAUUCCCUCGACAAUAUCCAAAGCAAAGGGCGAGUUCACAUUGCAAUUCUACACGCCCAAAGGCUACGAGCAUGCAGCAAAAACGGGACGCAAAUUCCCCGCCGUCGUCAAUUUCCACGGGGGCGGUUUCACCAUCGGCAGCGGCACCGACGACGCCCGCUUCGCCAGAUUUGUGCUAGAAAAGUGCCACGCCGUCUUCGUGAGCGCCGACUACCGCAUGAGCCCAGAGAAUCCAUUCCCCGUGGCAGUCGAAGACUCGGCCGAUGCCAUACUGUACCUGAUCCACACCGGACCCAAGCUGCAUAUCGAUCCCAUGAAGCUCGCCGUAUCUGGGUUCUCGGCCGGCGGCAACCUCGCCAUCACAUCCACGCUCUGCCUGGCAGACCACCUCAAAGCCCUCAAGGAAUCCAGCACGCACGUCCCGGACCACCGUAUCCGUGCUGUAGCCUCCUGGUAUCCCGUCGUCGAUUACACCCGACCCCGCACCCUCAAGCGCGCGACCUCGGUGCGGCCGGACAAGACACUCCCGGACACGCUGACGUCCCUCUUUGAUGCAUCAUACUUGCACCCACCCAGCCUGGGACUCGCCAACCCGUACCUGUCGCCCAUCAAGGCCACAGACGAGCAGCUCGCCCAGGCCCUGCCGGAGACGGUAAUACUCUACACGUGCGAGUGGGACAUGCUGAUGCGAGAGGGCGAGGAAUUCGCCACGCGGCUGGAGAAGCCGCCCAUAGGCAGGGACGUGCGGUACAAGAUGAUCGCGGGCGUGCCGCAUGCUUGGGACAAGGCACCCGACCCGACCAAGCCGGCCGAGUUUUCCGAGGAGUUGUACAGGGAGUGUUGUGCGCAUUUGAGCGAGGCGUUCGAGCGGGCUUGAGCAAUUCGUGCGUGAUUGAUGAGUCUAUGAGAGUAUUGAUGGAGCGCCCGAACCGAUGAAUGAGACCAGGAUUUAUGAUGAAUGUACUUCGCAUUUUCCUCAGCUCGCCGCUCGGGCUUCCAAGCAAUGAGAGACCUGGGUGUUUGUACAAUACGACACGCCAACCAGCUAAUGCUCAGGUCAUCUAGCCAUAACCGAUCCCACAAUACGUAGGUCAAGUUCAUGCUCG